CCGGGCGGCCCCCACCCCCCGCGCUCCCCUCCUCCCCCUUUAUUGCCCUUUGUGUGCGUUCGCCGCCUGCGCCGCUCCGGGCCCGGCCGGGAGCCGGGGGGACGCUGAGAUCCUUACUGACGAUGGUGAUCAUUGGAGGUAUAAAUACUGAAGGAUACGUCAUUUACAGACAAGAUCUUUGAAGUUUAUUUCCUUCAGACAGCAGUGGAAGAAGAGGCUAAAAUCAAAACAUAGGAGACAGAAAAAUAUAAAGACUAGAAGAAACAGCACUUCACUUUUUCUUUACAAAAAUUCAGAGAACCACCAAACUCUGGUGGAUUACCUCCACCGAUCUCCUGGAUUUGAGAUGUAACCUGGUGUGCAAGAGUUCCUCACAUGAGGGGUGCGGUAAGACAAGGAGCCAGCCUCAAUGGACAUAGCCCAUUAUCGAGAUCUCAACAGGAGAAUAUCUAAAGCAAAUCUCCAAGUGCAUCAGAAAUUCUAAGAAGACUAAAUAUCCCCAAGGUAACUAGAAGCAAGACCAUGACGAUUAAUGUAGCUUGGACUGAACGUGAUGAUAAUUUCCACCUUAAAUCUAAUGCUUAACGAGGAAAAAGGCUGUUUUGUUGGAGCCAGGAAGUCAUGAAAGAAACUCAAGAAGAGAACUUGGAUAAUGAACGGAAGAUAAAAAGAAAACAAAAAGAAUGUGGCAUAUAAAGGGUAUAAUACCUGGAGGUAUUAGAUCUGAGUCAUAACUUAUAAAAAUGAGACGAGCUUUCACAAAAUACAAGUUAUCUUAGUCAUCAAGCUUGGAACCAUGCUGUUGAACUAGAAAUUCUCCUUUUCCCCAUUCUCCUUUCUGACAGGUAACAAAGGAUUGGUGAAUGAUGAUUUUCCCAAGUUGGAAGCACUAAUUUUUAUCUAUAUAGUUCGUCCUUAUGAAUAUAUAAGGAGUUAAACAUUGCAUAUUUAAUGUGGAUUAUAAUGGGAAACUGACUCAUUAACAAAAAUGGCCACUUUUAAGGACUUGGUUUCAAACUGAGCUGGAGCCUCCCAAUGCACUUUGUACAAUUUGGGGAAAGAUGUGCUGAAUGGCCUUCUUUGGGAGGCCAUGAUGACAUGUAGUAAAAGGAUAUCAUCUUACUGUUGAUAUCUUUGAAGACUCAUAAACAGAAACAGAAAAAUGAAUGGUGGAAAGGAGUGUGACGGAGGGGACACGGAAGGAGGGCCACCAGCAGUGCAAGUUCCCGUUGGUUGGCAGCGACGGGUGGACCAAAGUGGAGUGCUCUAUAUCAGUCCCAGUGGGUCUUUAUUAUCCUGCUUGGAGCAGGUGAAGACUUACUUGCUGACUGAUGGAACCUGCAAAUGUGGCCUAGAAUGUCCUCUUGUUCUUCCCAAGGUCUUUAAUUUUGAUCCUGGAGCUGCAGUGAAGCAGAGAACUGCUGAAGAUGUUAAAGCAGAUGAAGAUGUCACCAAACUAUGCAUACAUAAAAGAAAAAUUAUUGCUGUGGCUACACUUCAUAAAAGCAUGGAAGCACCACAUCCUUCACUAGUUCUAACUAGUCCUGGUGGUGGAACAACUGGUUCAGCAAAUAGGAUGAAGGCAGGAUUUUCAGUGCCAUCUGUCUCCUAUGGCCGGAGAGAAGGAAAGAAGGGAAUUGAGUUCUUGUGUGUAGGAGAAUUUAAAGGUGCAACUCCGGUAGUUCCUACUCGAGCAGCAACUCCAAGAUCAAUGAGGAAUAAAUCACAUGAAGGAAUUACAAAUUCUGUGAUGCCAGAAUGUAAGACUCCUUUCAAGUUGAUGAUAGGGGCAUCUAAUGCCAUGGGUAGGCUUUAUGUGCAAGAAAUGGCUGGAAGCCAGCAACAAGAACUUCAUUCUGUCUAUCCUAGGCAGAGAUUGGGUAGUAAUGAACUUGGACAGAAGUCUCCAUAUCGUGGCAGUCAUGGUGGGAUGCCCAGUCCAGCUUCAUCAGGAUCACAGAUAUAUGGAGAUGGUUCAAUCUCUCCUAGGACUGACCCACUUGGAAGCCCUGAUGUUUUCACAAGGAACAAUCCCAGUUUUCAUGGAGCACCCAACUCAAGUCCUAUUCAUAUGAACAGGACACCUCUGUCUCCGCCAUCAGUAAUGCUUCAUGGUUCUCCCAUACAGUCAUCCUGUGCAAUGGCUGGAAGGACUAAUAUACCUCUUUCCCCAACCUUGACCACAAAAAGCCCUGUAAUGAAAAAACCCAUGUGUAAUUUUUCAGCUGGUAUGGAAAUACCGCGAGCAAUGUUUCACCAUAAGCCACCCCAAGGUCCACCUCCACCUCCUCCACCGCCUUCUUGUGCUCUUCAGAAAAAGCCAUUAACAUCAGAAAAGGAUCCGCUUGGCAUACUUGACCCUAUUCCUAGCAAACCAGUCAAUCAGAAUCCUGUUAUCAUUAACCCAACUACUUACCAUUCAAAUGUCCACUCUCAGGUACCCGUGAUGAAUGUAAGCAUGCCUCCUGCUGUCGUCCCUUUGCCAAGUAAUCUUCCUUUGCCAACCGUAAAACCCGGUCACAUGAACCAUGGAAGUCAUGUUCAGAGAGUUCAGCAUUCAGUUUCUACUUCCCUAUCUCCUUCACCAGUGACAUCCCCAGUUCAUAUGAUGGGAUCCGGGAUUGGAAGGAUAGAGGCUUCUCCCCAAAGAUCACGUUCUUCUUCCACAUCAUCAGAUCAUGGAAAUUUCCUGCUGCCUCCAGUAGGACCACAGUCAUCCUGUACUGGUAUUAAAGUUCCUCCCAGGUCCCCACGGUCGACAAUAGGGUCGCCAAGACCGUCUAUGCCAUCUAGCCCCUCCACCAAGCACGAUGGACUUAAUCAAUACAAGGACAUCCCUAACCCAUUAAUUGCUGGAAUGAGUAAUGUAUUAAAUCCUCCAAACAAUGCAGUUUUUUCUACUGCAUCGGCUGGAAGUGGUUCUUUGAAGAGUCAGCCUGGUUUGCUGGGAAUGCCUUUAAAUCAGAUAUUGAACCAGCACAAUGCUGCCUCUUUUCCAGCAAGUAGUUUACUCUCAGCAGCAGCCAAAGCACAGCUAGCAAAUCAAAAUAAACUUGCUGGUAACAACAAUAACAGCAGUAGCAAUUCUGGACCUGUUGCCAGCGGUGGCAACAACGAAGGACAUAGCACUUUAAAUACCAUGUUCCCUCCUGCUGCCAAUGUGCUUCUACCAACGACUGAAGGGCAAAGUGGUCGAGCAGCACUGAGAGAUAAAUUGAUGUCUCAGCAAAAAGAUCCUCUGAGAAAAAGAAAGCAGCCAACCACCACAGUGUUGAGUUUGCUGAGACAGUCUCAGUUGGAGAGUUCUGGAGUUUCCAAAGCUGGAUCUGAUUUAGUAAGAAAGCAAAGUCAAAGCUCUUUUCCCAUCAGCUCUAUGUCCCAGUUACUUCAGUCCAUGAGUUGUCAAAGCUCUCACAUGAGCAGCAAUAGUACUACCAGCUGUGGGAGCUCAAGUACUGUUUUACCUUGCUCUGGUAACCAGAUGCAUUUUGCAGACACCAGUAUGAACUCUGGCACUCUUCAGAACUCACUGGCACAGAGUUUACCGUUACGAGGGGAAGGUAUGCACUGCCAGAACACAAACACUAACUUUGUCCAUGGUACUAGCCCUGCCACCGCCAACCAUCUUGCGGGUUUAAUAAAUCAGAUGCAGGCUAGUGGGAACUGUGGGAUGCUCAGUCAGUCAGGAAUGGCUUUAGGAAAUUCAUUACAUCCGAACCCACCUCAGUCAAGAAUCCAGGCAUCCUCCACUCCAGUGAUACCAAACAGCAUUGCUAGCAGCUGUAAUCAAACAAGUCCUGAAGCAGGAGGUUCAGGACCAUCAUCAUCAAUAGCCAUAGCUGGCACCAGCCAACCCGCCAUCACAAAGACAACAUCUGUUCUUCAAGAUGGUGUUAUAGUCACUACUGCAGCUGGAAACCCUCUUCAGAGCCAGCUGCCCAUUGGGGGUGAUUUCCCUUUCGCUGGCCACGAACACUCGCUUCAUUUCCCGCAGAACAGCUCUUCAAACAACAAUCUUCCACCUUCUUUGAAUCAAAACCUCCUCAGUUCUCUACCUAUCUCUUUGCCAGUGAAUCAGCAACAUCUCCUAAGCCAGAAUCUAUUAAAUAUACUGCAGCCUUCAGCAGGAGAAGGCAAGUCUGAGGUCAACCUCAACCCUUUAGGUUUUCUCAACCCGAAUGUAAAUGCUGCUUUAGCUUUUCUCUCCAGUGACGUGGAUGGGCAGGUAUUACAGCCUGUUCAUUUUCAGCUUCUAGCAACCCUCCUCCAGAACCAAGCCCAAGCAGCUGCCAUGCUUCCCCUACCAUCUUUCAAUCUGACCAUCUCAGAUUUGUUGCAACAGCAAAAUAACCCUUUGCCCUCAGUAACACAGAUGACAGCCCCACCUGACCAUUUGCCAAGCAAUCAGUCAGAAAGCAACAGGGUUGAGACCCUUUUAAGCAACCCCUUGGGGAACCCUUUACCAAGCUUUUCAGGCACUGAUACUACUUCUAACCCCCUGCUCCUCCCAGCUGUCUCUGGGGCCUCAGCAUUAAUGGCCUUGAAUCCCCAGCUGGUGGGAGGUGUCCUGAACUCUGCAUCGGGCAACACCGCUAAUCAUCCAGAGGUUUCCAUAGCCACCUCCUCCCAAGCAACCACUACCACAACCACUACAUCAUCAGCAGUGGCAGCACUGUCUGUCUCUACCCUGGGUGGUGGGACAGCAGUGGUGUCAAUGGCAGAAACAUUGCUGAACAUAUCUAAUAAUGCUGGGAAUACAUCUGGUCCAGCUAAACUCAACAGUAACUCUGUGGUGCCACAGCUACUUAACCCUCUACUGGGGACAGGUCUGCUUGGUGACAUGUCAUCUAUAAACACUACUUUGAAUAACCAUCAACUGAGUCAUCUCCAGUCGCUAUUAAACAACAAUCAGAUGUUUCCUUCAAAUCAGCAGCAACAGCACCUUCUCCAGGGGUAUCAGAACAUGCAGGGCUUUCAAGGCCAGCCCCCAAUUCCUGGCCCAGCUAACAACCCAAACCCCAUGGCAUGUCUGUUCCAAAAUUUCCAGGUGAGAAUGCAGGAAGAUGCUGCUGCUCUGAACAAAAGAAUGAUCAGUCAGAUGGGAAUGGCACCAGUACCUGAGAGCUCCAACGCUAUGCUUCCUCCUUUCCAAGAGACAUCUUGUGAUUUGCAGCAAAGAACUGAACCAUCUCUUGGUCAACAGGCAAAGGAUAACCUCAAUGCCGCUGCUCAGGGUGAUACAUCAGUGGAUGCGAUCUACAAAGCAGUCGUAGAUGCUGCGAGCAAGGGAAUGCAAGUAGUGAUCACCACUGCCGUUAGCAGUACCACACAAAUGAGUCCCAUUCCAGCUUUGAGUGCCAUGAGUGCCUUCACAGCCUCAAUUGGUGACCCGCUAAAUCUCUCUAGUGCUGUCAGUGCAGUAAUCCAUGGAAGAAACAUUGCUGUUUCUGAUCAUGAAGGUAGGAUAAGAAACACUAGAGGAACGCGAGUACUGAAGAAUUCAGAGCAUGGUAAAAAUUCAAGUGAAGGGGAUGGGUAUGAGUAUUACAAAUCAACGAGUUGUAACACACCCAAAAAACAGUGGGAAGGGGAACAAAGUCCUGUUGGUGAGAUAAAUAGGUGGAAAUGUGAGGAGUUUCUAGACCACUCCACCCAUAUCCAUAGUAGUCCUUGUCACGAAAGGCCCAAUAACAUCUCCACACUGCCACUGUUGCAAGGCGAGCAGCAUCAGGUACUGCUAUCACAGCGGAACUGUCAAAGUGAUAAGAUGUUGGAGGAGAAUUUCAGGUAUAACAAUUACAAAAGAACUAUGAUGAGUUUUAAGGAAAGACUGGAGAACACUGUGGAACGAUGUGCACACAUAAAUGGAAAUAGGCCUCAGCAGAACAGAGGAUACGGGGAGUUGCUGAACACUUCUAAACAAGACCUGAUUCUGGAAGAGCAAUCUCCGAGUUCCUCAAAUAGUUUGGAAAGUUCGUUAGUUAAAGACUACAUCCAUUACAAUGGAGAUUUUAAUGCCAAAAGCAUUAAUGGGUGUGUGCCUAGCCCUUCAGAUGCUAAAAGCAUCAGUAGUGAAGAUGACCUAAGGAAUCCAGAUUCCCCUUCUUCAAAUGAGCUGAUACAUUACAGGCCGAGGACGUUUAAUGUUGGCGACUUGGUCUGGGGCCAAAUCAAAGGACUGACUUCAUGGCCUGGAAAACUAGUAAGAGAAGAAGACGUUCACAAUUCAUGUCAACAAAACGCUGAGGAGGGGAAGGUCUGGGUAAUGUGGUUUGGUGUUCAUACCUUCACUCAGGUGGAGCCAGAGAAGUUGAAGACACUAACAGAAGGUCUAGAAGCUUACAACCGAGCCAGGAAAAGGAACAGAAAAAGUGGAAAGCUAAAUAACCAUUUAGAAGCUGCUAUACAUGAGGCCAUGAGUGAACUAGACAAAAUGUCUGGGAAUGUCCACCAAAUCCCACAGGGAGACAGACAAGUGAAGCCUCCAAAACCCAAGAGGAGGAAGAUCUCUAGAUAACAUUGAAUGUCUUUGUUACUGGUCCAGUACUUAUCAAAACGAACGUGCACAUAAGUCUGUAUGUAGGUAUUGAUAUAGACGUGGUUAUAUCAAUAUUUAUAUGAGGACGGCCGCCGCCGCGGGGUGCUACGUGGAGUGUGGUACAGUGGUGUGGAUGAUCAGGAGGGAGAGCGGUUGCUGGAAAAGCCAAUCAGAAAUCUGGGAAGGUUACAGUAACCAUGUCAGAUGAUUACUGAGGGUUGGUUUUUGUUUUGUUUUGUUUUUUUGUUGGUUUUAUUUUUGUUUUGUUUUGUUUUUUUCUAUAAUACUAAAAUUGUGAUUAUAAGAAAUAGUCCAAAUGUUUCUGAGAAAUUUUCAUUGUGUAUAUAGAUAAUACAGAAUUUCAUGGUGAUAUCUGAAAUGUAAAUAUUGUACAAUAUUGUCAUGUACAAGCGUACCUAAUGCACACUUUAUCUUUUAUUGUACAAAAAAAAAAAAAAUAGUGUACAAAAUUCUUUGGUUUCUAUUGAGUACACAUACAAGAGACUACCAGUGUAAAGUGAUAAAUAAAAAUACAGCCUAAAUGCUUUUA